GUGUUUUGUCCGGAAAAUUUUUUUAAGUAUUGCGACUGUUACUGUCUGCAUUGUACGGCUCAUACGACAAUUGGUUCGUCCUGGCCAUAUUAAGAGCAGUACUGCUCAAAGGCUAUAUCAUAAAGAAAAAGAAGAAGAAGAAGCUUGUGUGCGCUGUGCUGCUGCUUGCUGUAAGCGGCUUGAAUCUAGCAUCUCUGGUGCGGCCCCAUGGACUGAUAUUUUCCGCGUAACGCUUAUCGCAUAACUAAUCAGAGACAUUCCGCGUUUUCUGUUACGCUUGUUUAAAAAGUUGCGUAUUACGCGAGUUUGCGGCUUGCGCGACUUUUGUGUGGUACUCAGCGGUAGAGGCGACAUGGCGGCACUUCCGAUACGAAAUGCACCACCUGUAAUUAAGUACCAGCCUAUUAGGUCGGACAUGUGCUGGGUGGAAUGUGCCCAUUGCCAUUACAAAUUUUGGUACUCGAAAACGUGUAACGAUGUGGUUCAAUGUCCACAUUGCCGUAAGAUAUCUUUUGCUGGUUCCUCUGCUAGAAAAAGAGGGAUUUUAUUAAUUAUUAUUGGGAUUAUAGCCUUCGUAGUCGGUAUAACUGCAACGGUCAGGUAUUAUAUACUUGCAGAAACAAACGGCGGAGAUGACGAAUAUUAUGGCGGAGGUGGAUUUCUAUUGGGGCUCUCCGGGCUCCUAAGCUUGUGUCGCGGCAUUUAUUACCGUACGAUGAAGAUCAGUUUGAUAGAGAAUCCCUGAUGUAGUCUCACAAACAGCAGUGAGCAACAUUUCAAGCCCUUUUGAGGCAAGAACGAGUAUAUACACAUGGCCAUAUGUCCGUAUGCAGAUCUGUAUUGUUUAUUAUAAUGCAUGUAUACAUUCUUAUAUAAUAUACACAUAUCAAGAGACACGGUAAUGUCUCGCGCCAA